UAGAGAGAUAUAACAAUGUAAAGAGAGCCAAGAAGAAGGAAAUACAGAUGAAACAAUGUCCACAAGUCUGAGAAUCUGAUAUAUUAUAUCUGAAAGAUACUCAUUUUAAGAGAUCUCAUAGAUUGGUCACCGCAAAGAAAAGAAAUAGGAAGACCAAACUCGCGAAACACGGGGCAGAGCAGUUUUGUUUUAGUUGUUCUUCUAGGUUUUCGAAAUGGAGGAAAAGCUGGCGAGGAGAAGGGUAUUGUUAGUUCCAGUUCCAGCUCAAGGACAUAUAUCUCCAAUGAUGCAACUUGCAAAAACCCUUUACUUGAAGGGUUUCUCAAUCACAAUUGCUCAGACCAAGUUUAAUCACUUUAGCCCUUCAGAUGACUUCACUGAUUUUCAGUUUGUCACCAUUCCGGAAAGCUUACCGGAGUCUGAUUUUAAGAAUCUCGGGCCAAUAGAGUUUCUGCAUAAGCUCAACAAAGAGUGUCAGGUGAGCUUUAAAGACUGUUUGGGUCAGCUGUUUCUGCAACAAGGUAAUGAGAUCGCAUGUGUCGUCUACGAUGAGUUCGUGUACUUUGCUGAAGCUGCAGCGAAAGAGUUUAAGCUUCCAAACGUUAUUUUCAGCACCACAAGUGCAACGGCUUUUGUUUGCCGCUCUGUAUUCGACAAACUCUAUGCAAACAAUGUCCUGGCUCCCUUGAAAGAACCCAAAGGACAACAAAACGAGCUAGUGCCAGAGUUUCAUCCCCUGAGAUGCAAAGACUUUCCGGUUUCACAUUGGGCAUCAUUAGAGAGUAUAAUGGAACUGUAUAGGAAUACAGUUGACACACGGACAGCUUCCUCUGUAAUAAUCAACACUGCGAGCUGUCUAGAGAGCUCAUCUCUGUCUCGCCUGCAACAACAGCUAAAAAUUCCAAUGUAUCCUAUAGGCCCUGUUCACCUGGUGGCCUCGACUCCUACAAGUCUGCUUGAAGAGAACAAGAGCUGUAUCGAAUGGUUGAACAAACAAAAGAAAAAUUCUGUGAUAUUUGUAAGCUUGGGAAGCUUAGCUUUGAUGGAAAUUAAUGAGGUGAUGGAAACUGCUUCAGGAUUGGAUAGUAGCAACCAACAGUUCUUGUGGGUGAUUCGGCCAGGGUCAGUACGUGGUUCUACAUGGAUAGAGUACUUGCCUAAGGAGUUUAGUAAGAUAAUUUCGGGUCGAGGUUACAUUGUGAAAUGGGCUCCACAGAAGGAAGUACUUUCUCACCCUGCAGUAGGAGGGUUUUGGAGCCAUUGUGGAUGGAACUCGACACUAGAGAGCAUCGGGGAAGGAGUUCCAAUGAUUUGCAAGCCGUUUUCCAGUGAUCAAAAGGUGAAUGCGAGGUACUUGGAGUGUGUUUGGAAAAUAGGGAUUCAAGUGGAGGGUGAUCUAGACAGAGGAGCGGUCGAGAGAGCUGUGAAGAGGUUAAUGGUGGAGGAAGAAGGAGAGGAGAUGAGGAAGAGAGCUAUCAGUUUGAAAGAGCAACUUAGAGCCUCUGUUAUAAGUGGAGGUUCUUCACACAACUCGCUAGAGAAGUUUGUACACUUUAUGAGGACUCUCUGAAGACUUUUGUCUAUACUAAAACACCAAAACUUCAAGAUUCCUCUUUCAACUA